AAAAAUACUUACCUUGUAAUAUAAAAAAGAUGAAACUACCACUUGAUGGAAAAGCGGUUUUUGUCAGUGGGGGGUCAGCCGGGGUAUGUAGAUUACAAACUGAGGUUUUAAUAUCGCUUGGGGCCAAUGCUUGUAUAGUGGGGAGAAGUGCGGAGUAUACCGAACGAGCCGCGGAUGAAAUACGUAGGGAUUGUCAGAGGAAAGGUAUGGUUAGAAAGAUAGUUCUGUACUCUGGGGUUGAUGUACGGGAGAUACAGCAGGUGAGAAGAGUUGUAAAUCAGGCAAUGUAUGAAUUCGGCACUAUUGACAUUGUUAUUAGUGGAGCAGCCAGCGCUUAUUUGCAGGAUUACAACCACAUAUCUAGUGAUAAUUGGAAUACAUUAGAAACCAUUGAUAAUGAUGGAUGUACAAACUUGGUGGUUGCAUUUGGUGAGUGCGGGUUUCAUGGCCGGUUCAUCAGGAUGGACUGUACAUUGCAUCGAUAUGGCAUACCAUUUAAACGGAAUUUAAAAGUGAACCAUUAUAUGAGAAAUUUAAAAAAUAUUGAGCAUUUCAAUUUUGGGAAUUCUAAUGAGAUUUUGCAACAAACCUUAAGUCCAUAUAUAACGAGGGUUGCGAUUCCUACUAAUGAGAAGAACGUCUUGCCGGGAUAUGAGGUGAAUACAAGACUUUAUUCCAGUAUAUAAAAAAAGAAAAACAAAUAGUAGUAAUGAUAGUAAUGAUAAGGAUAUGAUUGAA